AUGCAUCUUCAGUCACUUCUUCUGACCCUCGCACCAGCGUUGGUGCUGGGUCAGGGUACUGCAGCGCCUAGCAUUGGAGCUUUCGGGAACAGCAGCUAUGCCUUGGAGCAGGAGCACUAUAUCGCGCAGCUACGUGAAGAAGUGCACUCCCUGAAGGACGAGCUCGAAAAGCCAUGCGAGACUCCUACUGGUUCCAACGCCGUCACCCGUGCUUCAGGCUCAGCGCCGGCGACGUACACAGCAGCCUGGGAUACUGCUUUCGAUUCUGGGAGCAUCUCCCGUGGGACGCCGACUGCCGUACGCUCAUACCCGGCCGCCUCAUCUGACGGUACCGCCAGCAUUAUUCUCUCCGGCCCAAGCGGCCAGUCUUCGCUUGCUCUCUCGUCGGUAGCUGCAUCCGCUAGCACGCCUUACCCAUCCGCUUCUGGCACGAACGGAUCUGCAAUUGCCACUGCUUCUGGACGUGUGUUGAGCAGCGGAGUCUCCACAACGAGUGCGACCUCAAGCACGGCCGCAUCCUCCAUGACGAGCUCGUCAUCCUCGUCAAGCACCUCGGUCUCGUCUUCCUACGUGCCUUCGCUGUCAGACUUCACCGUCGCUCAGAUCGAGUCGGGCGAGGCAUGGAAGAACAUCAGUGAGCUAGCGAUGUCACGCAUGCAAGCUCGCCAGACCAACGGCAGCUGUACGCCGGAGAACGCGCGCGUUCGUACCGAGUUCAGGAAGAUGUCCAACGCUCAGCGAAAAUCUUACACGGAUGCGAUUACUUGUCUGCACAACAACCCUCCUCGGUACGUGGAGGCUGCCAGUGACACUUAUCCCGGUGUGUUGAACCGCUACGAUGAGUACGUUGCCACCCACAUCAAUUUGACCUACAACAUCCACGGAACUGCGGACUUCCUCGCAUGGCACCGCAACAUGAUCCACCAGUACGAGACUGAUCUCAUCGAGGUCUGUGGCUACUCUGGCAACCUCCCCUACUGGGAUUGGGCACAGGACGCCGCUGCCGUCGACCAGAGCGAGCUCUUCAAUGGCGAUGAGUUCUCUAUGGGCAGCAAUGGUGUCUACAUCCCUGACCGCAACGGUACCUUCCUCGGUCUGAUGGGCUUCACCUUCCCGCCUGGUACCGGCGGCGGCUGCGUGCACAGCGGUCCAUUCAGCGAGAACUUCAAUACCUCUCUUGGUCCCCUUGAUUCACCCUACGGCAACAACGUUGCCAAUCAGUACGACCUCAACUCCCGUUGCCUCGUCCGCGACUUGAACUCUUGGUUCUCUAGCCAGUUCAACACCUACACCAAUGUCACCGACCUUGUGCUCGGCGAGACCCAGGUUGAGUACUUCCAGUCUCUCAUGCAGGGCUUCUUGGGCGACAACAAGCUCGGCAUACACGGCGGUGGGCACUGGCUCGGUGGUGGACCUUCGCAGCUCGAAGACUUCCACUCCAGCCCCAACGAUCCCAUCUUCUUCCUGCAUCACGCUAUGAUCGACCGCAUCUGGACGGUCUGGCAAUACCUCGACAUCGAGAACAGGCUGGACGAGAUCUAUGGCACGCACACCCUGCAGAAUAGCCCAGCGAGCGCGGACAUGACGCUGCAGGAUAACGUGGUAUUUGGCCUUGUAGGCGAGAACGAGGUGCUGAGCUCGCUUAUGGAUACGUAUGGUGGGCGCUUCUGCUACCGUUACGAGUAG